CGAAGACGCGCCCACACCAGAAACAUAAAGAAUUCCCUUUAUCAUCGAAAUUGGCAACUUCUUAGGUCCCACUCCCUUUUUCGUCCUUAUCCAUUUCAGAACAUCGUCACCUCCUGCUGUGCAACGGCUCUGGUAAUGCUGUGCUGUGAAGCUCGUUAGCGAACUGGAACGCGCGCAGGUUUGACAAAUGGGGACGGGGACGUCCAAGGAUGCCGACAGCGUGUAUCACGAUGAGAGCGAAAGUAUGGACCAGGCCGGCGGGCAGCUGUAUGUGUCGCUGAAGAUGGAGAAUUACAAGCUUAAUGGCGAAAUUAUCCCUCACGUCUACGGCUCUGUCCCUCUCGUUGGCUCUUGGGAUCCUUUCAAGGCUCUAUCAAUGGAGCGGGAAUCGGCGUCAAUGUGGGAAUUGAGUUUUGUUGUUCCUCCUAACCAUGAAACUUUGGAUUUUAAGUUCCUUCUGAAGCCAAAGUACGGCAGCACUACUUGUGUGAUCGAGGAGGGGCCAAACAGGGUUCUCUCCAGGGGUGCAUUGCAAGGAGAAUCAAGGCUGGCUGUGUUUAGGAACGGUGAGGAAACUUUGGAAUAUAGAGUCUUCAUAAAGGCUGAUCAAGUUUCUCCAUUUGAUCUUGCGGCCAGUUGGAGGGCUUACCAGGAGAACCUUCGGCCUUCAUCUGUUCGUGGGAUCCCUGAUGUUAGUAUCAAUUCUGCACCAAUGGCUGGAGCUGAGAAUGGAUCUUCUGCCAGUUUGGAGCUCGAUCUUGAACACUAUCUUGUCCCGGCUCCAUCAACUUCUGCAAACUCAGGAAUGGUGUAUGCCGCUAACAAUGCAGAGAAUCCAAGGUUUACAAUGACGGAUGCAGCAUGGUAUAAUUCCUAUUCAUUCAAGGAUGCCAGUAUUCCUUCUGAUCAGCCACCAACCUUUAAGGGCAUUGAGGUUGUCAUCCCAGAUCCCUCCAAAGUAUAUCUUGGUACUGGAACCGUCGAAUCAAAGUCGCUGGGGUAUUUUUCGCCUCUGCAAAGACAAGAUAGUCACAGGGGGCUUUUUGUGGAUAGGGGUGUUGGAUCUCCUAGACUGCUUAAAUCACCAAGUUCAAAUACAUUCACAUUUGAUCUUAAACAGGAGGCAGCGACCAAGAAUUUGAUGCCAGCAGCUGCUGGAGCUGUUGCUGCUGGAGCUGUAGCUGAUCAGAUGCUUGGUCCGAAGGAAGACAGACAUUUGGCGAUAGUACUGGUAUUAACUGACAUAAGCAUUAUUUAGAACUAUAGAUUUCCAGAUGCUCUCAUUUCCAGUUUGAUUUUAGUUUUGGGAACAAGAUCAUCAAGGUCUUUAUCAUAUGAAGAACCUUAAAACAGGUCUUUCAAUUUUGCUAAACAUCUUGUUCGGCCUCGUAAAUGUGCUAGUUCUUAAGAUAAUCAUUGAGAAUUCUUACCGAUGAAUUCUCUACAAUUUCAUUACUUUAGGUUGGUCUUCCUGCUCGGGGAAAGACCUUUACUGCAGCUAAACUCACUCGCUAUCUUCGCUGGUUGGGUCAUAACACCAAACAUUUUAAUGUUGGGAAGUAUCGACGCCUUAAGCAUGGCACUAACCAGGUAUAUUUAUGUCCUCUGCUCAAUCGUUCUCCAACGUUUCCGUUUUGUACAGAAAUGAAAAUGGUUGAAAACUAAGUGAUCUGAACUUCUUUUUAUUUUUGUUAUGUAAGUAUUUGUACUUUGUCUCAACUCUCAACUAAGGAGGAUUUGGCACAAGAUCAGAAACUAGCACGUCCAUGUUCUCUCAGUCUGUGCUAGCUUCUUUUUGUCUGGACAUUUGUAUCUUGAUGUGGGUUGCCGUUGCAUGUGGCCUGCGCUUGGUUAUUACUGUAAAAGGACUCUUCUUGCUUUUCUCUUCAAGACAUAUAUAUGUUUCAGCUUGUUCAGUUGGAUACCUAAAAUGAUUGUUUGAUAUACAAAUCUAGGUUAGUAAGGUAGUUGGAGAGUUUAUUAAAAUGGCAAUGUUUGGACAAAUUUUAUUUUUUAGUCAGCUACUGAUGUUCUGUUUUUCGUCCUUUGCCGGAAUAUUCCGAUAUUGUAAUCAAAUGUUCUUCGACGCUCUUUGCUGAUGCAGAAUGCUGAUUUUUUCCGAGGCGACAAUCCUGAAGGCGUGGAAGCACGUAAUGAGGUAGCAUCACUUGCAAUGGAAGACAUGAUUGCUUGGAUGCAAGAGGGUGGGCAGGUAGGAAUAUUUGAUGCCACAAACAGUACCAGGGAAAGAAGGAAUAUGCUGAUGAAAAUGGCUGAAGGAAAUUGCAAGAUGAUAUUUUUGGAAACUUUAUGCAAUGAUAAACGCAUUAUUGAGAGGAACAUUCGUCUUAAAAUCCAGCAAAGCCCGGAUUACGCUGAACAGCCUGAUUUUGAAGCUGGAUAUGAAGACUUCAAAAGUCGGCUAGAUAAUUAUGAAAAGGUCUACGAACCCGUCGAAGAAGGCUCUUACAUUAAAAUGAUAGACAUGGUCAGUGGUAAUGGUGGGCAAAUUCAGGUGAACAAUAUAAGUGGCUACCUUCCUGGGCGCAUUGUUUUCUUCCUGGUGAAUACACAUCUCACGCCUCGUCCAAUCUUACUUACUAGGCAUGGAGAAAGCCGACACAAUCUUAGAGGCAGAAUUGGAGGUGAUUCCUUAUUGAGUGAUACUGGAGAAAUAUAUGCCAAGAAGCUUUCAAACUUCGUUGAGAAGCGACUGAAAUCUGAGAAAGCGGCUUCUAUUUGGACUAGCACACUGCAGAGGACAAUCCAAACAGCAGGUCCAAUUGUUGACUUUCCCAAGAUCCAAUGGCGGGCACUCGAUGAGAUAAAUGCUGGAGUUUGUGAUGGAAUGACCUACGAGGAAAUAAAGAGGAACAUGCCAGAGGAGUAUGAGUCCCGAAAGAAUGAUAAGCUGAGGUACAGGUAUCCGCGUGGAGAAUCCUAUCUAGACGUCAUUCAGAGGCUGGAGCCAGUGAUCAUUGAACUCGAGAGACAAAGGGCACCUGUUGUGGUCAUCUCUCACCAGGCGGUAUUGAGGGCUCUGUAUGCUUAUUUUGCUGAUAGGCCUUUGAAAGAAAUACCACAUAUCGAGAUGCCACUGCACACGAUCAUCGAGAUACAGAUGGGAGUUACUGGUGUGCAAGAGAAAAGAUACAAACUCAUGGACUGAAAAUGGUGUUUGUAGCCUAGAAACACGAAACUGGUAACCCUGUUACUGUAAAUUUUCUUUCAUGUUGAGACUGAAACACGAUCAUCGGUACGAUGAUAUCAUGGGGGAAAAAGGGGUAAAAAUGCAUCAAAUGUAUGAUAGAAUUAGGAAAAUCGCUGGCGUAGCGACCCUUGGAUGAAGAAAGACCUAAAUAAAGAAGAUCAAGAAUAAAUGAAGAAGGCUAGUUAGUUGGCUGAGGUUUGUUUCAUGGGUUCACGGUCCCCAAAUACAUCUCAGCCAAACACAAACCUUUACCAAACGUCAUUGUUUCACUUCAGACAAUGUAGUUUCACCGCAAACCCAUUGUCCAUGAAGCACCAACAGACCAACUGCUGCUGGUGCUCUGUGGAUGACAAAUUCGCAAUGAAACGAUGUUGUUUGAGGUGAAACAAUUAUGUUUGGUAAAGGUUUGUAUUUGGCUGGAUGGGGUUGGCUGAACCCUCAUCCAACGAACCAACCUCCAUUGAUUCUUGAUAGUAUUCCUUGCUUUCUUUUUUAGCUCGAUAAUCCGAGUCAACUGUUUAGAUCAAUGUUUUGAUAUUGUUAUCCAACGACUUAAAGCGUGUAAGUGGACAAUCAAACAUUGUAUAAGCAAGCCAUAAACAGAUAGCAGAGUUGUGCACCAGUUUGACGCAUGAAAUGGCAGAUAACCUUUUCGGCUGCUGCUGAUCAUAACUGAGUGUAGAAUGUGAUUCUGAAUUUCUGAGCAGGAUCUUUUAUGCGUU